AGAGUAAACCUCACAGUUGCUAGCAGAACUAGAAUUCAUUCCUUAAGAUCCACUCUCUUUUGUUUGCUAUUUCUUCUGUGACCAGAUAUAGAAGCAAUGGCAUCAAAAAGUUGCAUUCUUCUUUCUUUUUUCAUGCUUCUUGCUGUAUCCUCAGCCUAUCCAUUCAAGAAUAAGCAAUACAAACCAUGCAAACACUUGGUUCUCUACUUCCAUGACAUAAUUUACAAUGGCCAGAACAGGGAGAAUGCCACAUCCGCCAUUGUUGCAGCACCACAAGGUGCUAACCUGACCAUCCUGGCAGGUCAGUUCCAUUUCGGGAACAUAGCAGUUUUUGAUGAUCCCAUUACCCUGGACAACAACCUUCACUCAAAGCCUGUUGGCAGGGCUCAAGGCAUGUACAUUUAUGAUACCAAAAACACCCUCACCGCUUGGCUAGGCUUUUCAUUUGUUCUCAACAGCACAAACUACCAGGGCACCAUAAAUUUCAUUGGAGCUGAUCCCCUGAUGCAGAAGACCAGAGACAUUUCAGUUGUGGGUGGCACUGGAGACUUUUUCAUGCACAGGGGAGUUACAACUUUGACGACCGAUGCCUUUGAAGGUGAAGUGUAUUUCAGGCUCAAAGUCGAUAUCAAGUUCUAUGAAUGCUGGUGAUAAAGCAAAUUGAAGAACAAAUAAAAUAUGGAAUCUGAGAUAAUAAGUGAGUGAAAAUAAGUAUGCUUUGUUUUGUAGUGAGUGUGAUAGGGCAUGUGCUGAAAUGUACUGAAAGUUGAAACACCUACACAGUCAGUUCUGCAUAAUAUGAUUCUUGUUGAACCUGUGCCACUUCUAAUUCCUUUUCCACUUGAACAUUCUGUUAUAUGGAAAUCCUGUUCGAUCUUA